AUGUCGUCUCUCGUAGCUAUGGCCACAUCGAUUACGAGCGGGGCGCUUGCCAAGAUGGACGCCCACCCCAUCCUCACCGCCCUUGGCAGUGCGAUCUUGCUCUUUGUCGCUUUGGUGAUCUACAUAGCUUGGGAGAAUGCCACCAUUCCGUACGCCAACCUCCCUGGCCCGCCUACGGAGAGCUUCAUCUGGGGUAACCUUCGAGAGGUCUUUGAGAGCAUGCCGUCCCUGGCUCAGCGCCGAUGGAUGAACGAGCACGGCGACACGGUCCGAUACAGCAUGCUCCUCAGCAAGCCCAGGCUGUGCACCCGGGACAUUACCGCCAUGUCGUUCAUGCUCCAGCACGACAGCGACUUUCCCAAGCCUUACUUCCUUCAGAACAUUUUGGGCAAAACCACGGCCCCGCUGGGCCUCCUCGUCACGGAGGGUGCAGUGCACCACCGGCAGCGCCGUGUGCUCAACCCUGCGUUUGGACCGGCAUCUGUGAAGGGGAUGGACCCCAUCUUCUUUGACAAGGCUUACGAGCUCCGCGACAAGUUGGUCUCUAUUCUCCACGGCGAGAGCAACGAUGUGCCCUCGCCCACUCCCCCUGCCCCCGGCGACGAGGCCAAGGGCGGCCGCAAGAUGGAUAUCUCCAAGUACCUCGCCCAGACCACCCUCGACGUUAUCGGUCUUGCCGGCUUUGAUUAUGACUUCCAUGCGCUGGCUCAGACGCACAACGACCUCGCAGAGGCAAUCUUCCACCUCUUCAGCGAGGGACAGGCGCUCACAAAGCUUAACAUUCUGUACAACUUCUUCCCGUGGAUCGCCUACUUUUACGUCUCGCCCGCUCGUCGCACCAUCCUGGACGCGACCGAAAAGCUGAAGCAGUACGGUAUCGAGUUUGUGCGGCGCAAGCGGCGCCAGAUCCAGGCCGAGUAUUCUGGCCAGGUCGAGAAGGGAUCCAUCGUCGGCCGCGACCUCCUCACGCUGCUCAUGAAGGCCAACAUGUCUUCCGACCUCCGCCCAGACCAGAAGCUUACCGACGCCGAAGUGGUGGCGCAGAUUGUUACUUUUAUCCUUGCUGGUAACGAGACGUCCUCCACUGCGCUCACCUGGCUCCUGUACCGCCUGUCCCAGAACCCAGACAUCCAAAAGAAGCUGCGUGACGAGCUUCUCGGCGUCCCCGACGACCGCCCAGACCAGGACGCGAUGAACGCCCUCCCUUACCUCGACAAGGUUGUCCGCGAGAUUCUCCGCUUUGACGGCCCUGUUCCCGGAACGGAGCGCUGCGCAGCUCGCGACAUUGUCAUCCCUCUCGGCCAGCCCGUUCGCGGCCGCGACGGCACGCUCAUUGACGCUGUCACCGUGCCCAAGGGUACGGAGAUUAGCUUUGGCAUCAUGGAGGUCAACCACUCCAAGGAUAUCUGGGGCGACGACGCCGACCGCUUCAACCCGGACCGCUACGACCGCGCCGGCUUGCCCAUGAAGAGCGUGCCGGGAGUGUACGGCAACCUCCUCACGUUCCUUGGUGGACCGCACAACUGUAUCGGAUACCGCUUUGCGCUUGCUGAAAUCAAGGCGGUGUUGUUCGUCCUGGUCCGCAAUUUCACGUUUGAUAUCCUCCCCUCGGCGCCUGUCAUUGAGCCCAAGACUACCAUCGUCAUGCGACCCCGCGUUGUGGGAGAAGAAGAGGCAGGACUCCAGAUGCCCCUCCUGAUCCGCGAGUACAUUGACGAGUAA